AUGGCCACAGCCCCAAUUUUGCAAGGAAGCAAUCUCGAUUCUGGAGAUGAAAAUACGCUUGUCGAUGUAGACGUAGGUUGCAGCACCAAUGAAAAUACCCAGACCCACGCCCAAGAACGGGAGACCGGAGAUUCCAAGCGUCAUGUGGUACUCUCCUCUAAAAAUCACUGGGAACGCUUCAAAGAACCCAAACAGCACUGCAAAAAUGAAGGCAGUGUAGAUGGAGAAGACAAGCACAAUUGGCUCAACAAAAAGCAUUUCGACCGGCUUAAGCAGAGUGAUGAACACAAUCAGCAUCAAGAACUGGCCAAGUGGGAUUCCUUUCUUCAUCUUGAGACCUCUCUUCUUAAUUCUCUUUCUCAUGAUGAUGGCUUUGUAAGUCUCGGGACAGACGUAAACAGGAAUGAAUGCAGCAGCAGCAAAGAACAAUUGAACCCACAUAGUCCAUCUGAGGCCUCCAACUCUAUCGAGUCUGCUGGAAACCUUGUUUUGGGCGACAAAUCCACCGAUAAUUGGUCCAAUAACUGGACCAGCUAA